AUGAACUUCCUUGAUUCCGCACUAAACCUUGGCAAAAGACAAGCAAGAUCAAUUCCAAUUACCUCUAUUGUCAAAGAGAAGCAUGAACAAAAAGCUUUUUUUCAUAGGAAGGGUCAGCAUGAAGAUAAAACCCAAAGCCACAAACAUGGGAAACAUAGGGGCAAAGAUGGAUUGCUAGCCAUAUCUAAAGCCAGGUUCAAUGGGCAUCUGAGCCUCAUGCGGAUGAGUUGGGCCCGCGUAAACCUUAAGGUGGUUGAACAAUGCUCUGCCAAGCUGCAGGAAACAGACGUCAAAACCACAUCAUUGGAAAACAAGCUGAUACCCAAUUAUGUGGGCAGAACAAAAUAG